AUGAUAUUUCAAUAUUUAUUAGUUGCUUUUUUAAGUUUUGUUGCUAUUUAUGGAACACAAUGGCCCGUGCCAUAUGAACGUGUAACAAAUCGUCCAACCAAUAAUCCAUAUUGUCAAGCAGGUCUUAUUUCAUUUUGCCCAACUGGCAAAGCUGAAGAUGCAAUGAUCUAUGCUCAAGAUGAUAAUGAUAUUAUCGAAAUAUUUGCACUUAAGAAGCCAGUAUGGUCAUUUAAAUUUGGAGAUUUAAUGGCUCAAUUUAAAAUUAUGCAUGAUGCAUUAGGCUUUCGUAGUCAACAAACUGGUCGAAAUUGGACAAUGGAAUGGUAUGAAUUAGAUCAACUCUUCAAUUGUACAUUUCCACAUGUCCUUCAAAAUGAUUCUUUCAUAUGGUGUGAUCAAGGUGCUUUAUGUGUUUAUAAUGGAAUUGUUGAUUCAAUGUGGAAUGGUUCAUCAGAUUUAAGCAUGUUGAAAAAAGUCGGUCAAAUUAGUGGUAAAAAUUAUAAUACUUGGGCAUCAUGGGCUGUCAAUGAUAAUGAUACUGGCGUUUAUUAUGAAACUUGGACAGUCUAUUCUGAUAAUGGUCCUAAUUCAACAAUGUACUUCGAUUCUUAUGAUUGUGCCAGUUUUGUUAUUCGUGGAUUAAAUCAAUUGUAUAGUUAUGGUGCUGAAAUAUUGCCAAAUGUUCAUUUGAAUUAUACACGUAUAAAUAUCUAUUCAUAUGAACCUGAAUUACUCGGUACAUAUGAUCAAAUUGUUCAGAAUCAAACUCUUCAUCAAGACUUUCUAAAUUUUUAUCGCAACUUUGAUUCAAAAAAACCAAGUACAGGUGAAUGGAUUAAAUCAUUGAUAAACAUUUAUGAAACAUUCUUUCUAUCACGACGUUUCUACUUGUAUUACAAUAAUGUUUAUUGGUAUAUGAAAUUAAAACAACCAACACCACUCAAAAUAUCAUUUAAUGAGAUUCCAAUUACUUCUUUAUUGAAAACGAAAUAA